AUGUGCAAAUUCUAUAAUUUGAAUGUGCCUGACCGCCGAUCUGGGGAGAGUGGGAUACACAACCACGUGAACAACGAUGACGACGAUCGUAAUCAAGACGAUCCUCUACAGCCGUAUGUGCCCCCACACGAGCACAAACUCGAGUAUAGUUACUGGAUGUGGUUCUCGCGGAGACCUCCAGCUAGAGAACUCUCCGCAACCACCACUGGCUAUGGACAGGCUCUUCGUCUGGUGGGUCGCGUGGCGUCUGUCGAGCAGUGGUGGGGUCUGUACACGCACUUAGCGCGGCCCGCGGAGCUCCCGCCCCUCUCUGACCUUCAUCUAUUCAAGCUCGGCAUCAAACCUAUGUGGGAAGAUCCGGCAAAUGUGAACGGCGGGAAAUGGGUGGUAAGGCUUCGCAAAUCGCAAACAGGACGUGCAUGGGAAGACUUGUGUAUGGCGAUGCUCGGGGAACAGUUCAUGGUGGGGCCGGAGCUGUGCGGCGUAGUGUUGUCUGUGCGGUUUCAGGAGGACCAUCUAGCAGUGUGGCACAGAACGGCGUCAGACAUACAAGCGGCUGGACGUGUACGUGACGCUCUCCGUCGUAUUCUACAGCUGCCAGCCUCCGUGCCAAUAGAAUACAAGGCACAUGGCGACUGUCUGCGAGCUUCAGCCAAUGCCAGCACCAACGUCAAUACCAACCCCACCACCAACACCAAUGCCACCCCCAACACUUCGCGCCAUGAAGAGGAACGCUCA